ACAAAGUUAUUACGGACAGAUCUUAGCAGACAUACAGAUGUCUCCACUUAUCCUGUCUAUUUCUGUAGCAGCUAACAAAAAUACCAUAAUAGUGCUGUCACUCUAAGAACAGAGGAACUUCUUAAAGGAAUAGGUUUUUUAUCUUGGUGGACAAGUAGGCAAUUUAGAAAAUACUUUGGAGCUGGAAAACAACUUACUGAAAAUGGUAGAUCUCAGACUUUAAAAAGAAAUUGGACAAGCUUUUGCAAUACUAAGAUUUUCAAUCAGAGGGACUUGCAAAUAGUUAAACCUAAAACUUUGGGAAAGUUGUACUGUUGUUGUUAGGCUGUUUAUUUUUAUGUGGUUUUUUUUUUUUUAAGGGGGAGGGGUGUUUUAUUAUUUUAAGACUUUAACUGAAACUACCCUCCAAUGUCAGCUUCAAUAAUUGAACUGGAAAAUCUUUCUCCAGAAGAGAUCAAGGAUCAAAAUGAUUCAAAAUUUGACUUUAGGCAACAUAAAUUCAAAGAACUACCUGCUGAUCACUGCAGUCUUGAACUACAUUGUUCACUUUCUGCACCUGCCGGUAUGAAUACAAGCAAGAGUGAGACGGUGAAAGAACCUCCAUUAAAGCCUUCUAGAAGAUCCAUGCCAUGUUUAGCACAGAGCCAAACACAUCCUCAGAGCCUGAGCAAACAUUCUUCAUUUCUUCAGCCAAAUCGCGUACAACCCCAGCCUCAACCCCAGCCUGUAAGUGCAGGGACAUCAACAGCUGUAAUCAAUGUAGUGUCAGAACGAGCUAAAGUGGUGGAGACCCUGGAAAACAAUUUACUCAAGCUGUCUAAUACAGAAUACAAUGAUCCAUUUGUAGAUAUAGGAAAAGACAAAGACACAUAUACAGAUGAUUCAGAACAUGGGAAUUAUGAUACUCGUACAGAUCAGUCACUACUUAUUCAAAACAAGCUUAUCAGACAGAAACCAGAACCUCGGAUUAAGUCAUCUUUGAAGAAUGAAAUGAAUGCCAUAGCAUCAUCAGGUCUCUUCUUCAAAGAUGGUAAAAAGCGAAUUGAUUACAUCUUGGUCUAUAAAAAAUCAAGUCUACAAAUAGAAAAAAGGAGCACUUUUGAGAAAAACCUGAGGGCAGAAGGUUUAAUGUUAGAAAGAGAGCCAGCUGUUACAAACAACGAUAUAAUGUUUGUUAAAAUUCACUGUCCGUGGGAGACAUUGUGUAAAUAUGCGGAAAGAAUGAACAUCAGGAUGCCUUUCAGGAAAAAAUGUUAUUACACUGACUGGAGGAGCAAAACGAUGGGCAGUUUGCAGAGGAACAUGAGGGAACUGAAAAGCUGGUUGCCCAGAAAUCCAAUGAAGCUGGACAAGGAGGCACUUCCUGACCUGGAAGAGACAGAUUGUUACACAGCACCAUUUAGCCGUGCACGUAUACACCACUUUACAAUCAACAACAAAGACAGCUUCUUCAGCAAUUCCACAAGGAGUAGAAUAGUGCACCACAUGCUACAGAGAACAAAGUAUGAAGAUGGAAAGUCAAAAAUGGGUAUCAAUAGGCUUCUCAAUAAUGGAACUUAUGAGGCUGCAUUUCCACCACAUGAGGGAAGUCACAAGAGUAGACAUCCCAUUAAAACACAUGGAGCUCAAAAUCAUAGACACCUAUUAUAUGAGCGCUGGGCACGAUGGGGAAUGUGGUACAAAUAUCAACCUCUGGAUUUAAUCAGGCGAUAUUUUGGAGAAAAAAUUGGCCUUUAUUUUGCUUGGUUGGGAUGGUAUACUGGAAUGCUCAUUCCUGCUGCACUUGUCGGAUUGUUUGUUUUCCUUUAUGGAUUAUUUACCAUGGACUCCAGCCAAGUAAGCAGAGAGAUCUGUGAGGCAAAUGAAACCAUCAUGUGCCCUAUGUGUGAACGCAAUUGCACCCUGCAGAAACUCAAUGAAAGCUGCAUAUAUGCAAAGGUUACACAUUUGUUUGAUAAUGGAGGGACUGUCUUCUUUGCUAUUUUUAUGGCAAUAUGGGCUACCGUCUUUCUGGAGUUUUGGAAGAGAAGAAGAGCUGUGCUAACUUACGACUGGGACCUCAUAGACUGGGAGGAUGAAGAGGAAGAGCUACGCCCACAGUUUGAAGCAAAAUAUUCCCAAGUGGAGCGAGUAAAUCCCAUCACAGGAAAACCAGAACCUUUCCAACCAUUCCCUGAUAAACUUAGUCGACUGAUGGUGUCUGUCUCAGGAAUAUUCUUCAUGAUUUCUUUGGUACUCACUGCAGUGUUCGCAGUUGUGGUGUAUCGACUGGUAGCUAUGGAACAGUUUGCAUCUUUCCAGUGGCAUUUCAUCAAAAAGUACUGGCAAUUUGCAACAUCUGGCACUGGAGUCUGUAUCAAUUUUAUGAUCAUCAUGUCACUUAAUGUUGUAUAUGAAAAAGUUGCUUAUCUUCUAACAGAUUUAGAGCAUCCUAGAACAGAUUCUGAAUGGGAAAACAGUUUUGCCUUGAAAAUGUUCCUCUUCCAGUUUGUCAAUUUAAACAGCUCUAUCUUCUAUAUUGCUUUUUUCCUUGGCAGAUUUGCAGGCCGUCCAGGAAAGUACAACAAACUUUUUAACAGAUGGAGACUAGAAGAGUGUCAUCCUAGUGGUUGCUUGAUUGACCUGUGCUUGCAAAUGGGAGUUAUCAUGGUUUUAAAACAAAUGUGGAACAACUUCAUGGAACUAGGCUACCCGUUACUACAGAACUGGUGGUCACGACGCAAGAUCAAGAGAGGAGGGCAAUUUCUGGAGCAUAAAAUUUCUCUACCUCAGUGGGAGAAAGAUUGGAAUCUGCAGCCCAUGAAUCUCCAUGGAUUAAUGGACGAGUACUUAGAGAUGGUUUUACAGUUUGGCUUUACCACCAUCUUUGUUGCUGCUUUUCCCCUGGCACCUCUUCUGGCACUGCUUAACAACAUUAUAGAAAUAAGACUUGAUGCAUACAAGUUUGUUACACAAUGGAGGAGACCUAUGCCUGCAAGAGCAACAGAUAUAGGCAUCUGGUAUGGAAUCCUUGAAGGAAUUGGAGUUCUGGCUGUCAUCACCAAUGCCUUUGUUAUUGCUAUUACUUCUGAUUAUAUUCCACGUUUUGUCUAUGCAUACAAGUAUGGCCCUUGUGCAGACCAAGGAUACACACAGGAAAAAUGUUUAAAGGGAUAUGUAAAUAGUAGUUUAUCGGUAUUUGAUUUGAAUGAACUUGAAAUGGGAUACUCAGGAUAUUGCAGGUAUCGGGAUUACCGAGCACCACCAUGGAGUUCAAGCCCUUAUGAAUUCACCUUGCAGUUCUGGCAUGUCCUUGCUGCACGACUGGCUUUCAUCAUAGUAUUUGAGCACCUUGUUUUUGGAAUAAAGUCUUUCAUUGCCUACCUGAUCCCAGACAUGCCCAAAGACUUGUGUGACAGAAUGAGAAGAGAGAAGUACUUAGUCCAGGAAAUGAUGUACGAGGCUGAAUUAGAGCAUUUGCAAAGGGAGAGGAAAAAGAACGGGAAACAGUAUCACCAUGAAUGGCCUUAGCUGAUACCAUGCAGCAGCAAAAACAUUAUAUGGAAACUGACUAAUGCAGGUCUAAAAUGAAGAAAGGAUCAGGCAAUAAGGGUCAAAAUUCAUAAUGUGUACAUAUACUGCUGCUGGGAUAUAUAUCUGCAGGCUUUACUAGCAACUGGAAAAUACAUGCUUCCAAUGAAGAAAAUGGAUAGCCAUAUGAAUCAAUUGGUCUAUGGUCAAUAUCAGGGAGUCGCUAUUGGCUCGAGUGAAAGUACAAUGAAAGAUUGAGCAUGUUGGACACACCAAUAAAAAAAAGUUACAAUUCUAUUUUUCAUGCUAUUAAUCAAGAUAUCCACUAUGUAAUGAAAAUAGUCAUUGUCUAUAAAACUUUUACAGUAACAGCAUGAUGAAAAAAGAAAUCACAUUAUAUCCACAACUUCUACAGCUUUUGAUUGCUCAGUUUAAUUUGCCAUGCUUCUGAAAAAGAAGUGUUGCCUAUGUGGCCAUAACUUGAUAUAAACUUGAUAUAAAUCCUUCAGGCUUAUUGUUUUGUCAGGUUUGUCCUAGUCUCUUGCUGAGAUUGUGGAUGUUUUCCUGCCCUAAAAAGGUGGGUAUGAGGCUAUUUAAUAUUUACUAUGCAGUUCAAGUUUUGCACAUCAUUUUGCAGGAAUCGUCUGUCUUUAUAAAUAAAACCAAAAAUUCUAAAUUCAAAAAAUAACCCAUUCAUUGACAAAUGCACUGCAUUGCCCAUGUUUCAGCUUCGUUUGGAAAUAAAUGUGGCUAUUUGAAGUCUUUCCAUUUUGAUAUGCAAAAAAGUACCAUCUCUGCAUACUUCCAAAAUAAAUGAGCGAUCAUUUUCAUGCUAUAAUGUAGCAUGCAGAUAUAUAAUUGUGUCACUAUUACUUUCUGUUUGAUCUACCUGGACAGUAAUUCUAUGACUUCACAAAAUGUUGACUUGAAGUGUCCUAUUGCAGUGGAAAUAUUUUUUUUCAAGUAUACACUUAACUAUUUACAGUAUGCAAACUUAUGCAGCUAUAUCAGCUAUUCAGUAUAACAUUGUGUCUUGCUUGUCCAGGGGAAGAAAAACAGAGCACUUUAUAACAGUGCUGUCUCUGUUCCAGUAAUGUGCACUCCUCAUCUUGGGCUAAAUAAAUCUAAGCAUGGAAAUAGGAUAUCUAUAUAUUAGUGUUAGAAUUAGAUCUUUUUUAUGCUUUCUAAAGAUGGAAAAAAAUUGCAAAACCAACAAAGAGAAAAAAAAACAAAUGUUCUCAUACAGAAUUGAACUCCAAUUCUCACUUGCAUAUGGGAUAGGGCAGUCUUACUUAUGGUUAUAAUUAAGGUUACUUUAAUGUGGAAAUUUGUGUUUUAUUAUGAACAUUUCAUAAUAUGUGAAAAAAGAAGCACUAAACUAAAACAAGUGUGCAGGAUUCAUUUGUGAGAGAGUGGACAGGACCAAAACCAUCUAGUUUCUUUUUUUACAGUUUUAAAGCAUAGUUAUUAUUUAUGUCAGAGGAAAAGAAUUAAAACUCAAAGAAAAUUUGUUUCGGUUUUAAGAUUCAUGCUAAUAUGCAAGAAAGCACAGUAACUAUAGCAAAUACAAACUCUACCAUUAACCUUAAGGAUAAAGCUGCAAAUUGCUCAUUAAGUACAGACGUGAAGAGUUGAAAUUUCCUUUCUCAGAAUACCUUAUUUCGCUUGAGUGAAUGAUUCCAGAAUUUGUUUGCACAAAUUCAUCUUAUGUUAUUCCAAGUAUCACUGAAAGAGGGAAAAUGUGUAUUUGAAAAUUAUUUUAAUAGUUCAAAGUCCAUUGAAAUUGUUGAAAGGACCCUUUUUGUUUUCAAUGGGUACACACUGCGUUCUCUGUUAAUGAGAAAUUACAGCUUUUUUUACUGCAUUGUAUGGGUUUCCAUAACAAUGCAUGGCAGGCUGGAGUGGAGGGGACAGGUAUAA